AUGUCACAUCGCCGGCAACGGGACCCGUGCCCCACUCUCCACGACCUCUUUGUGCCUCCGCUUUAUUCUAUUCUCCAAACUGAAAGUGAAAUACUGUGGGAAUUCCUGCAGUUCCUGCAAUUCGCCCCUCAUCACCUCCCUAAAAUACUCCACCUUGGGCCUGAAAUUGUUCUCGAUGCUGAACGUGAAAAGCCCAGGACACCUCAGCACCAUCUCCACCGCGUCCUUUCUGGAAAGGCCCAGGCCCACGAGAUAGUCCAGCUUGGGGAUGAGCGUGUUCUCCACGCUCGAGACGAGGAGGAUCGGGUCCUGGUAGGCCAGCGCGUGGGGGUCCCUGAACCCCAGCCGCCGGAGGUAGAACAGGGCCGGCCGCAAUUGGUCGCGGACGCUGGAGACCAGCAGCCUCGGGCACUUGUUGACCGCCCGCCGGAAGUUCCGAUCGGGGACGCCGAGGUCGCGGGAAAGGAAAUCGAAGACCGGGCCCAGAUCUGA